UACUCUCUCGGCGUCUCAUUUUUCUUUCUGCAACAAGCUCCUAAUCUAGCCCUCUGGUUUCUCUGCCACUCUUGGGGUUUUUCUGAAAUGGUUUUGGGAUUGUGUUGAGAUAUUGUCAACCAAGCUAAUAAGCCUAUAGUCAGUGAUGUUCAUGGUAUUGCCUUUCUUUGGGGAUCAAAAGGAUAGAGGAGGAGUUGAAAAUCCUGCAUGAGCUGCCAUUCGGUGGAAUCAAUGUGCAACCACUCCAUAGCAUCGGUUUAACCUUCGUCUAAAAAAUGUUUGGGAAAAGUUUCCUGCAGUGUUUAGAAAAGCGAUCGUUUCAUCGCUUUAACCGGUGAAACAAGGCGAGGCGAAGGACUGGUGCUUCACACGGCUGAGGCGACACGAGUUCAAAAUAGUGGCCGAUUCAUUGGCAGAGGCGAGAUGAAGAGGUGAAGCACAGAAGCGUUCACUUUUGUUGUUCUGACUUUUAAAGAAAAGAACAGGGUCGGCCGGCCUGUAUCGAAUUGUUUCUAUCCUUCUUUGAGUGCGACAUUCUUCUGUACUAGGGUUCACUACUUUCUGGUUAUCUUCUUCAAGCUCCAGGGAGAUCACAGUUCAACCAAAAGAGAUAAAGAGACCUCAAAGUGGUUGGAGAUAUGGCACUUCGAUCAACUGGCUAUGUAGACCCUGGAUGGGAGCAUGGUUUUUCUCAGGAUGAGAGGAAAAAGAAGGUUCAAUGUAAUUACUGUGGGAAAAUUGUAAGUGGUGGGAUAACCAGAUUGAAGCAACAUUUAGGGCGAGUCUCUGGUGAGGUAACAUAUUGUGACAAGGCUCCAGAGGAUGUAUGCCUGAAAAUGAGAGAAAACCUAGAAGGCUGUCGAUUAAGCAAGAAGCCGAGGCAUGUUGAAUAUGAUGAACAAAAAUAUUUUAAUUUUCAUGCCAGUGAUGAUACCGAAGAGGAAGAUCAGGUAGGGUAUAGAAGUAAAGGGAAGCAGUUGAUGAAUGACAAGGGAUUGAUUAUAAAUAUGAAUCCUCUUCGAUCACUUGGGUAUGUUGAUCCUGGUUGGGAACAUGGUGUCCCUCAGGACGAGAGGAAGAAAAAGGUAAAAUGCAACUAUUGUGAGAAGAUAGUUAGUGGAGGUAUCAAUCGGUUUAAGCAACAUCUAGCGAGAAUACCAGGGGAAGUUGCACCCUGUAAGAGUGCUCCUGAGGAAGUAUAUCUUAGAAUAAAAGAGAACAUGAAAUGGCAUCGCACAGGAAGGAGGCACAGACGGCCUCAUAUGAAAGAAUUAUCAUCCUUUUAUAUGACUUCAGAUAAUGAAGAGAAGGACGAAGACCAAGAAGAAGAGGCACUACACCACCAUAUGAAUGAUGAGAAGCUUUUGAUUGGAGAUAAAAAGCUAGAUAGAGACUCUAGGAGAAGUUUGAAAGGGAUGUCUCCUGGUAUUGGGUCUGAAUCUUUCUUAAAAAGGCCAAAGUAUGGCACAUUGGGUACAAGAACCCCAAGGUCUCUAUUUCAAGCUUCUGGAAAACAAGUGAAAGUAGAUUCUAAUAAAAAAUUCCGCAAGGAAGUCAUAUCUUCAAUUUGCAAGUUCUUUUAUCAUGCAGGAGUUCCUCCACAUGCAGCAAGCUCUCCCUAUUUUCAGAAAAUGCUGGAAUUGGUAGGCCAAUAUGGAGAAGGUCUAGUAGGACCCUCUAGCCGAGUAUUAUCUGGAAGGUUUCUACAAGAUGAAAUUGUAUCCAUUAGGAAUCAUCUGUCUGAGUACAAAGCUUCCUGGGCUGUCACAGGUUGUUCUAUUUUGGCUGACAGUUGGCAAGAUACACAGAGUAGGACUUUGAUCAAUGUUUUGGUUUGUUGCCCCCGUGGUAUGUACUUUGUUUGCUCAAUUGAUGCCACUGAUGUAGUUGAAGAUGCGACAUGUAUUUUUAAGCUGCUAGACAGAGUGGUUGAGGACAUGGGCGAGGAGAAUGUUGUGCAGGUGAUUACUCCGAACACACCGAGUUAUCAAGCUGCUGGAAAGAUGCUUGAAGAGAAAAGAAGGAAUUUAUUUUGGACUCCUUGUGCUGCAUAUUGUAUUGAUCGCAUCCUUGAAGACUUUGUGAAAAUAAAAUGGGUCAGAGAAUGUAUGGAGAAAGGCCAAAAGAUCACAAAGUUCAUUUACAAUCGAUUCUGGUUAUUAAUUCUCAUGAAAAAAGAAUUUACAGCUGGACAGGAACUCUUGAAACCCUCUUUGACUCUAUUUUCUUCAACCUUCGCUACUGUUCAGAGCUUGUUGGACCACAGAAAUGGUCUUAAGAGGAUGUUCCAGUCAAAUAAAUGGCUUUCAUCUCGGUAUUCAAAGCUGGAAGAUGGUAAAGAGGUGGAGAAAAUCGUACUGAAUGCCACAUUCUGGAGGAAGAUGCAAUAUGUUAGGAAAUUAGUGGACCCCAUUUUUGAAGUGCUUCAGAAAAUCAUUAGCAAUGAAAGCCAUUCAAUACCCUUCAUUUACAACAGUGUAUACCAGGCAAAACUUGCUAUAAGAACCACUCAUAAUGAUGCUGAGCACAAAUAUCAGAACUUUUUGGAUAUCAUAGAUAGCAACUGGAAUUCAUUAUCUCAUCAUCCUCUCUAUCUAGCAGCACAUUUUUUGAAUCCAUCACACCGGUAUCGUCCUGAUUUUGUUCCGCAUCCAGACAUUGUACGUGGAUUGAAUGCAUGCAUUGUGAGAUUGGAGCCAGACGAUACAAGAAGAAUUUCUGCUUCAAUGCAAAUAUCAGACUUUAGCUCUGCUAAAGCUGAUUUUGGAACAGACUUGGCAAUUAGUACCAGAAUGGAACUUAAUCCUGCUGCUUGGUGGCAACAACAUGGAAUAAAUUGCUUAGAGCUCCAACGGAUAGCUGUACGAAUACUUAGUCAGACUUGCUCAUCUUUUGGGUGUGAGCAUAAUUGGAGUGUAUAUGAUCAGAUCCACAGUCAGAGGCACAACCGUGUAGCAAAGAAAAGGUUAAAUGAUAUCAAAUACGUCCACAAUAACCUGACACUUAGGGAUCGUCAGAUAAGGAAGAUGUCAAGUGAUCCAAUUUUCCUCGAUAGUGUUCUGCAAGAAGGUUUGCUGUAUGACUGGAUUGUAGAGUCAGAGAAACCAGCUUUUUCGGAAGAUGUGGAGCUAACAUUUAAAUCGGAAAUCAACAAGGAAAUCCUUUAUAGUGAAGUGGAACUGGAUGAGUAUGAGAACGAUUUUAAUGAGCAUGAUGGUGGAAAUCCAGGCUCUAAGAAGGGGUCAUUGGAGAUGUUAACUUUAGCUGGUGAAGCAGAACCUCUGGAAGUUAACAAUACUGGUACAGCUACAGAUGAUGAUUUUGAUCUCAAUUUUCUUGAUAAUGAGUUGAGCGAUUAGUAUUAUAAACCAGAUUCCAAGUGCAGCAAUUAAGAUGCUGGGUAACCCCUCCAGUCCUGGCAAUGUAUUCUAUCUCUUCCAAUCCUUACAGAUCAUUCUGAUCUCAAUUGUCUUGAUAAUGAGUGAGUGAUUAGUAUCUUAAACCAGAUAACAAAUGCAGCAAAUAAGAUGCUUGGCAACCCCACUAGUCUUGGCAAUGUAGUCUAUCUCUUCCAAUCCUUUCAGGGCAAAAAAGCACGCCGGCGAGUUGGGGUUGGGGGAAAGGGGAAAAAGGUCAGAAACUGCCUGUGUAAGUUGGAAAUCAGCAAUGCAUGAGGGGACUGGAGUGUACAUGUCAUAGUACUUCGCUUUCUUGAACGCUUCCUAUUCAUCUUAAGCAUUUUUUGCCCCUCUUCUUUUUUCUUUCAAUUUAUUUUUUGAAUUUACUUCUGAUUUUGUUUUUAUUUUGGUCAGGGCUUUUACUUUCGACUUUAACAAGGACAUCUAAAUUUGAUACUGUAAAGUUGCCAACAUGGUUGAAUGGAAGCAUCUAAAAUAAAAAUAAAUACUCCUUCCCUUCUACUUCA